CGCCGGGCUGCGGGAAGAUGCUGAGCCGCCUGAUGAGCGGCAGCAGCAGGAGCCUGGAGCGCGACUGCAGCUGCACCGUGAGGCUGCUGGACGACAGCGAGUACACCUGCACCAUCCAGAGAGAUGCCAAGGGCCAGUACCUGUUUGACCUUCUCUGUCACCACCUGAACCUGUUGGAGAAAGACUAUUUUGGAAUUCGCUUUGUGGAUCCGGACAAGCAGCGGCACUGGCUGGAGUUCACCAAGUCCGUGGUGAAGCAGAUCCGCUCCCAGCCGCCGUUCACCAUGUGUUUCCGGGUGAAGUUUUACCCCGCGGACCCCGCGGCCCUCAGAGAGGAAAUCACCAGGUAUUUAGUCUUCCUGCAGAUCAAAAGAGAUCUCUACCACGGCCGCCUCCUCUGUAAGACAUCCGACGCAGCCCUGCUCGCAGCCUAUAUCCUUCAAGCCGAGAUAGGGGACUAUGACCCCGGGAAGCACCCGGAAGGCUACAGCUCCAAGUUCCAGUUUUUCCCCAAGCACUCGGAGAAGCUGGAGAGGAAGAUCGCGGAACUGCACAAAACGGAGCUCAGCGGUCAGUCACCUGCCACAUCCGAGUUAAACUUUCUGAGGAAAGCUCAGACGCUGGAGACGUACGGCGUGGACCCGCAUCCGUGUAAGGACGUGUCGGGGAACGCCGCCUUCCUCGCCUUCACUCCCUUCGGCUUCGUGGUCCUGCAGGGAAACAAGCGCGUCCACUUCAUCAAGUGGAAUGAGGUGACCAAGUUGAAAUUUGAAGGAAAGACUUUCUACUUAUAUGUAAGUCAAAAAGAGGAAAAGAAAAUCGUUCUCACCUACUUUGCUCCAACCCCAGAAGCCUGCAAGCACCUGUGGAAGUGCGGAAUCGAAAACCAGGCUUUUUACAAGUUGGAGAAGUCCAGUCAGGUGCGCACGGUGUCCAGCAGCAAUCUGUUCUUCAAGGGCAGUCGCUUCCGAUACAGCGGCCGCGUGGCCAAGGAGGUGAUGGAGUCCAGCGCCAAGAUCAAGAGAGAACCCCCGGAAAUCCACAGGGCCGGGCUGGUGCCCAGCAGGAGCUGCCCGUCCAUCACCCACGGCCCACGGCUCAGCAGCGUGCCCAGGACCCGCCGGAGAGCCGUCCACAUCUCCAUCAUGGAAGGGCUGGAGUCCCUGCGGGACAGCGCGCACUCGACUCCGGUGCGCUCCACCUCGCAGAGCGAGGCCUUCCUGGCCCCCGGGCGGGGCGGGCGCGCCGACGGCAGCGAGCGGGUGGAGGUCAUCGCCGACGAGGCCUACAGCCCCGCCGACAGCGUGCUGCCCACCCCCGUGACGGCCGAGCACAGCCUGGAGCUGAUGCUGCUCGCGCGGCAGGUCAACGGAGCCCCGUGCAGCAUCGAGGAGGAGAAGGAGUCGGAGGCCGGCACCCCGCCCGGCGGCCCCAGGGCGCUGGGCCCGGGGCCCGGCGGCCCGGCGCCGGCGGACCAGGUGAAUGAGCUGCUUUUAAGCGUCCUCCGGUUAGUCCUCGGGACCGUGGGGCUCCUGGUCGUGCUGCUGCUCCUCCUGAUCGUCCUUACCGAGUCCGACCUCGACGUGGCCUUUUUCCGGGACAUCCGCCAGACCCCCGAGUUCGAGCAGUUCCAUCACCAAUACUUUUGUCCCCUCAGGCGAUGGUUGGCCUGCAAAAUCCGCUCUGUGGUCGGCCCGCUCAUUGACACCUGAGAAGACGGGCGGCUCCCGCCGAGCCGAGGAGCCGGCCCCGGUGUCCCCCCCCCCGUCCCGUCGGCUCGUUCCCCGCGGCCGCUCCGUCCCCACCCUUCUUCCGUCGCCGCGGGCUCACCUCCGGUGUGGAUGGGGCGGGCGGAGCAGGGCCCGCCGUGGGGCGUGUGGCUCCCGGACGCCCCGGCCUCGGGCCGCGAGCUCUUGUGCCGUGGGUGCCCGUCGCGGGGUGGCACGUCUAGUCGGCCGGACGCGCUCCCUUGGCUGCCCACGCCGGGGUCACGUCGGAGGUCACGGUGGGAGUUGUUGGGGGCGUGGGGGGAUGAUGGCACACUCCCACCCUGGACCUUCUUCCUGACCUUGAUCUUGUGUGGGUUUUUGAACCUCUCCCCUUCCUGCGCGACGGGGGGUGGGCCGGCCGCCCCCCGCGAGGUGGAGUGGCCGGACUCCUUCAGCCACAGAGAGAACCGGAUCCGCCCCAGUUCUUGAGCUCCGGAACGGGGCUCGGCGACCGGGGGUUUUAAACCUUCCGCAGUGAGCAGCUAAGUCCGGACGCUCCAAAGGUUCGGAGACGGAAAGGAACCGGAGCGGCGGCCCCCGCCCACCCCUCAGCCGUCAGCCACGGGGCCUGGGGAGCCCUGGCGCUUCCCAUUUCAGAGCGAGACCCGGGGCCGCACGCUGUCGCCGGGGUGGCUACCACAGGAGCAUCCCUGUCCCAGCAGCCAAGCCACCUCCCCCGCCUGGCCCGAAGUCCCCACCUGUGAG